UGCAGGUUAGCGGGUGCUUUCCUUAAAAAAAAGAAAAAGAAAGACGAAGAAGAAGAAGAAGAAGAGGGAGGAAGUAUUUGAUUGUUUGUAUUGAGCUAGCUAGCUAGCUCAUUUGCGACGAUCAGAUUAUCUGACUUUUUUGGCCUUGUAAAUAUCAGCAGGAUCCACCAAAUUCACGAUGAACCUGGAACGACUGCCCAACGAGGAGAAACUGAGCCUAUGCCGAAAAUAUUAUUUAGGUGGCUUUGCGUUUCUACCGUUCCUGUGGCUGGUCAAUGUUGUUUGGUUUUUCAAGGAGGCCUUUGUAAAGCCAGUGUACAGCGAACAGCUCCAAAUAAAAACGUACGUAAAGCGGUCAGCGCUGGGGUUGCUGCUGUGGGUAACAGUACUCACUACCUGGAUAACCAUAUUCCAGCACUACAGAGCAGAGUGGGGGGAGGUGGGAGAUUACCUCUCAUUUACCAUUCCACUGGGCAUUCCUUGAAAAAUUUGUCUUUUUUAAUGACAGAACUAAUGAUCCACUAUAAUGGACCAAAGAAUGUUCCUUCUUUAACUACAGUGAACAAUUCUGGUGGUUUGUCUGGUCUCUAGAGCUAAAUUCAAUGGCUGAAUCAUAUUAACAGUAAUCCCUUGUGUCUUCAAAAGAGAAAUGCUGUAGGAUUUGAAAAUUAAUGUUUUUUUAUGCUUGCCAAGGCAUUUGAGAAAGUUCUUUGAGUUCUUUUUUUAGAGUAGGCUAAUUUUGUAUAGCAGACAAUGUUAACUGUCAUGACAGUAUCUAAUAAUGACAUUCAGGACUUUGAUGAUUAAUAGAUUCAACAUGCUUUUUCUUUUUUUCUUGACUUAUUGUGGAGUUUAAUGUUUGUGUGUGAUUGUACACCCAAAACAAUUUUUACAUGUGUAUGAAUGACGAAUAAAAAAAAAAAGUCCAUACUGCCUCCAAGUUACUGUUUUUACUCCAUUCGCUGUUUUUCACAUGGCAAGUCGAUGAGCUAUUUUCUCCAUAUAUACUCCUAAUAUUUUGCAUUGUUACUGAAGGCUCCUAAAGUCUGGGCAAUCACUGGCGCCUGUUGUGAAACCCAAUAGCUUAAUCCCUCCAAAUGUCCCCACUUCCCUAUCAUCCUAUAUGAGUCAUAACAUAAUCAGUGCCAUUUUUAGUCACUCCCGUCAAAGCCUAAGUGACAGGUUCUA